AACUUUAUUAUAUUUAGGAUAUUUAACUAUCCCAUAUCGAUUACAAGAAUUCAUUAUAAAGAUGUAACCAACCAUAUUAUACAAAAUAUUUCUGUGCGUUUUUACUGUACAAUUUGAACAUCUGAAGUACGUUUAUACUGAGGAUGUAUGAAUGAGUCACCAGUAUUGUUAUAAGUCUCUACCAAUUACUCAAGUUUUCAGUGAUCAUGAUUCCACACGUGUAUGCUGUGAUUAUUCUAUAUACCGUGAUAUCGUUUGUACUAUCAGAAUGUCCACCAGAUGCAGAACACAGAAUACAGUUAUGCAUUAAAUCUUCAUUGCCAAACUUUGGCGUUGGACCUCCAAAUGAUGCUAGUCCGCCGAAUGCUUUGAAAACUAGCAUUGAGAUGUCUAAAGAUUCAUGCCAAUCAAAGAAAUUAGAGAGCUCUGCUGUAUGUAUGCAAGAUUUUUUGGACCAAUGUCAAGGAACUACAGACAGGGAACAAUUAUUACAAAGAUUAUUUGACAAAGAGAAAAUUAUAGAAACAGUUCGAUAUUUCUGUUCCUCUUUGAAUAUUUAUGAACAAAAUGCAAAAUGUAUAGCUAAUCAACAUGAAAUGGUAAUAAACUGUACCCGUGAUGAAGCUGUGAGAUACAGGACGAUAUACGGAGGAAAUCCUACGUAUGAUGUACUUAUACAAGCCAAUUGCCGGUUUAAUAAAAUAGCCAUGAGUUGUUUGGAGAAUUAUGUAUUUGAAAACUGUGGUCUUGCAGCAGCAGAGUUCAUAGAAACCAUUACAAUAGGCCAAACCCCACCAUCAUGUGAGCCCAGAGAAAGGAAAUAUUCACAAACUGGACCCAAAGACAAUUCACAAUGUAUCACAGCUAGUAUCUGGACUACAGUCAUACUAUUGUUUAUAAAAGUACUUCUUAAAUGAAACUUAUUUCCAAUGAAGAACAUGGUUUAAAUCAUCAAUAUUGAAAACUAUCUGAAUGUAGCAGAAGGAAUUCUGGGAAAAAAAGAUAAAAUUGUGUUAAAAAAUUAUUAAUACAUUUUUAGAUGAAAAACAUUCAAGACAAAACAUUGAAUUAUUUCAGUCGUGUAGCAAGAACUGUGUGAGUUAUGGUAGUUUAUAAACAUUCCAUGAUUUUUUGUGAUUGUGUUUAUGUUUUUUUUGUUAACUUAUAUCUAUUUUAACGCCUUUUUGUAUGUAUUUAUUUAAUAGACUGUAAAUAGUAUGCAAGGGGAUAUUUUUAUAACUUGGUCCCUGCCAACUGUUGAUUGCUUAAGUGUUCCUAUUUAUUUGCUUAUUGAUAAAUCUUUUUGUGACUAAUUAAUCGCUAAUACGAUGCUCGUUCCAUCCAGAGUUAAUUGGUUGGGGAUGGGGCCUUUAUUAUUGUGACUGUUAAACAAUGGACACAAAUGUCAGAUUAAUUAUUGUGACUGUUAAACAAUGAACACAAAUGUCAGAUUAAUUUUUGUAAUUUCAGGAAAUACUGCAUACAAAUAAUGCCAUCAAAAUUUAAAAUGCAAUUUCUUAUAUUUGCGAAAUACAUCCCGUCCUCAUUUUCACAAAAUAUAAAACAUCAAAAUAAUUCCUAAUCACAGAAAACAUCGUUUAUUGGUAUAUCUUAAGUAUGUAAGUGAUUGAAGGACAAAUUUUUAUAAGCAUUCAGACUUUAUUGAAGAGACCUAAAUUUUCAAAUCUAUGAAGAUACAUACUGUUUCAUGUUUCUUAAAGCAAUAAGUAUACAAUAUAUAUGCAUUUAUUUUGAUUCAUUACCAUGAGAAGCAGUUGCUAUCAAGAAUUAUUCAUAAGAGAGGCAUAGUUUAGAACAGAUAAAUAUUGACAUGAUCUUCCAAAUGCCAUUAAUUCAAUGCUUUUACAAGUACAGUUACUUUGUAUCAGUAUAUGAAAUUGUAUAUGAAUGUAACAUGCAUAGCAAUUUAACAAUGUUGUUUUUAAUUGAUUUAUCACAUAAAUUUUUACUGGUAAAGUCAUCAAAUAACAGAUUGAACAGACAGAAUUCCAAUUAUGUAAUAAUCUAUAAACUUGGAAAUCCCAUUUCCUAAUGACAAAUAAAUAUGUUGCAAGUAUUUUGAAUUACAAGAGCAAUGAACGUUCAACUCAACUGAUAUCCUACAAGAUAAUUGAUAUAAUUCAGUGUAUGGUGAACCCAACAACCAUGAAAUUUGGCAUCCAACAAAUACAUGUUUUCCAUUGAAUCAAAAUCAGUUACUCUUAAAACAAAUACUUAAAAACUCCUCAGAGGACUGUGUUUUUAUAUACCACAGCAAAUUGAUACCCACAGAGAAAAUUAAUUCUACUAUAGUUUGGACUGGUUACAUGACCUUCAGCCAGAAUAAUGGAAAUCUUAACUUUUCUGUUUGGACAGUAUCACCGAAAAAAAGGACUCUUGACAAUCAAAGUUUGUUAUGUUAAUUGGUUUCUCCUUUUAUUCCCCAAGCGCCUGUUGUUUUUGACAACACUUAAGUUAUGAAAUUCAUAUUCAACAAUACCAUAAGACAUUUUGAGUGGUUUUGCAUACUUCUUCAUGCUUAAUUGCCAGAGAGAUGGGCUGGUUUCUUUUUUGGCCUUACAACCUUUUUAUAAUGUAUUCUCUACAAUAACCUUAACUUAGGUUAAACCAUAUGUAUUCAUUUGCAUGUUUAAUAAUGAUUGUACGAAAUCGGAGUUUGUAAAUAAUUUUGAUAUAUAUAUUUUUUUUUUGUAAUUAGUUGUAUAAAUCAUUUUGUAUGUAAUAAUAUUGUUUUUAAACAUGCAUAUUAAACUGGAAUGAUUAUUCAUUACAAGAUGAUCCCAUUAAAAUAUUGACCAAGUAGUUUUACUUUAAUAAAUUAUUUACACUUGGUAAA